AUAUCUUUUUUUGUGGUAGCUAUUUUUUUUUUUUUUUUCUUCAAAUUAGAAAAAUUACUAAGUGGCAAUCGCGUCGUGCAGAGCUCUGAUCAAAAAUCUUUGAUUUAUAUUUGAAACGUCACAGAAAACAGGUUUCCUAUAAGAUUUCCAACCUUGAACCACAUCAAUUCAAGGCCCUGGCCUUGCGCUACCAAGAACAUACACACAUCCAAUUUUGAACUGACAUAUUAUAGAGUUUCGUCAAUCGAUAGAAACGCGUCAAAUCGAGAUUCACGGGAAAUCAUUACCAACCCAUUUGUAUUAGAAAAGUUAUAUUUCAAUUCAUAAAAAAAAACAUACACAGAGUCAUAGAGGACCAUGGAUCAUAGCAGAUCACCUUUUUCUGACAACCAUAGGGCCUCAGGGGACGGAAUUGCAUCCCCUGCCGAUAGUGAUGAAAUGCCUGAUUUCACCACACCAGAACAAGAUGUCCCACCACAACAUUCAUCACAGCACACUCGUUCGGAACAUCAUAAUCAAAGAGCAUUUGCAGGUGUUGCUAGAGCGAGACAGUCCGUGGAUGCCGGAUUUAUGUCCGGAGGAUCUCCGGGAUCCCCUAGUCAUGAACAUUCAUUUUCAAACUCUGAAUUUUCAGAUACUGAAUCAUUUGCUAGUGCACUCCCAACCCCAAAUCUUAAUGUAGAUAACAAAAAAUUUGACUUUAUAAGAUCUAAGCAACCUUCUUUAAGAUUUAAACUUCCACCACAAAGUAGUGUGCCAACCUCCCCUGUGCCCACACCACCCACUUCAUCUCUGACAUCUUCUGUGCUGUUACUUCGUCUGAGUGUCCUGAAACAUGAUAAACGCACAUCAGCAAUGACGUCUCCCUUCAUGGACAGUAAUACGAUAGUGGAAGAUAACGAGCCUGCUCCAAGACUGCAACCACCAACUUCUCCGUUUGCAGAUCAAUCUGAUCGAGAUGACAACUUUUAUGAAGUUGUUCAAUACGAACCGCAUGAUGUACAGAUUCAGGACAAUAAAAUAGAUGAAGAUAUAGAGCUGCAAUUUCUGGAAGACCUGGGAGAUGAACAAGAUCAACAGAAAAUGAAAAGACAUAGAUGGGGUACCACCAGAAAUAAAAAGGGUAGACCUAAGCCGGAGGCUGUGAAUCGAUCUAAGACUCUUAAAAAGCUAUUAAAUCCAACCGGAAGUAGUCUGUCAAGAUCAAAACUGAAGAAGGGAUCGACAUCUACUCGUAGACACGAGACCAAUAAUGAUAUAACAGCGGAAAAUAAUGAAACUUCGGAUUCAGAAAAUGAAGAACCUUUGGAAGCAAAUGAUAAAAGACAUGAUAAGAGAUCAAUCGUAUUCAAUCGUGUUCUUCCUGAAGAAUUCUUAGACCCAGAAACGGGUAAACCAAACACAGAUUAUCCAAGAAAUAAAAUCAGAACUACUAAAUAUACUCCACUUUCAUUUCUUCCAAAGAAUAUAUUCAAUCAGUUUUCCAAUAACGUUGCCAAUAUCUAUUUCCUUGUCAUGAUUAUCUUGGGGGCGUUCGAUAUUUUUGGGGUCCCCAGUCCAGUAAUGGCUGCAGUACCCUUAAUUGUCAUUGUCAUUAUUACCGCAUUCAAAGAUGCCAUUGAAGAUAGUAGAAGAACUGGUACUGAUAUGGAGGUUAAUAAUCAAUUUACUCAUAUUUUGGAUAAUGUUGAGAAACCAAGCGAAGCUACACAUGGAACAUAUGUGUACGAAAACCGUAAUGUCAAUGAUGAAACUGUUUCAUUAUGGAGAAAAUUUAAGAAAUGGAAUACUAAACAAUUAUUCCGUUUCAUUGGUGCCUCCAAAAGAAACUUAACCAAAGAAGGUAGAGCAAAAAAGCUCCAGGCUAAACGUAAAGAAACCAUGGAAAACUUGGAAGAGUCAAGAAAAAGUUUUGACAGCACUCAUCAACGUUAUUCUACUGAGAAUCCAUUUGAUAACGAGACAGUAAGAAAAUCACUUCAAAGAUCACGUAAAUCAACAGCAUCAAGAAGACCUUUAGAGAAAAAACUUAAAUUUGCAAAGAAAUAUUGGAAAGAUGUAAGAGUUGGGGAUGUAUUGAGAAUUUAUAAUAAUGAUGAAAUCCCUGCAGAUGUGAUUAUCUUAGCCACCAGUGACGAUGACAAUUGUUGUUACGUAGAAACAAAGAACUUGGAUGGUGAAACUAAUUUGAAAGUAAGACAAGCUUUGAAAUAUGGACAUGGAAUCACCAAAGCUGAUGAUAUGAUAUCUCAUGACUUCGAAAUCAAAAGUGAAGGUCCACAUGCUAAUCUCUAUUCAUACCAGGCAAGUCUCAAUUACAAUGAUCGGGAAACCAACGAAGAACUUCAAGAACCAGUUACCAUAAAUAAUAUUCUUCUUAGAGGGUGUUCUCUUAGAAAUACUAAGUGGGUCAUUGGAGUUGUUGCAUAUACAGGAGAUGAUACCAAGAUUAUGCUUAAUUCUGGUAUUACUCCAACAAAACAAUCAAGAAUAUCUCGUGAAUUAAACGUUUACAUUUAUUAUAAUUUUGCAUUAUUAUUUGUCAUUUGUUUUGUUUCUGGGGUUAUUAACGGGAUGUGGUAUAGACAGACGGGUACUUCAAGAGACUUCUAUGAGUUCGGAACCAUUGCUGGUUCUCCAUGGAAAAAUGGACUUGUUGGAUUUUUUGUUGCUCUCAUUCUUUACCAAUCUUUGGUGCCUAUCUCACUUUAUAUUACCAUUGAAAUUAUUAAAACUGCUCAAGCGUUUUUUAUCUUUUCAGAUGUUGGAAUGUAUUACGAAAGGUUGGAUUAUCCAUGUACUCCUAAAUCUUGGAGUAUUUCAGAUGAUUUAGGUCAAAUUGAAUAUAUUUUUAGUGAUAAGACUGGUACAUUGACUCAAAAUGUUAUGGAAUUUAAAAAGUGUACCAUCAAUGGUAUAUCAUACGGGAAAGCUUACACUGAAGCACUUGCCGGGUUAAGAAAGAGACAAGGAAUUGAUGUGGAAGCCGAAGGAGCCCAACAAAGAGAAAUGAUUGCCAAAGAUCGUGUUGCUAUGAUUGAAAAAUUACGUAGUAUAUCAGAUUCUGCUCAAUUAUAUGAAGAUGAAUUGUCAUUUAUUUCAAGUGAGUUUGUUGAUCAUUUGAUUGAUGGGGGAAUUCAAAAGGACUGUAAUGAACAUUUCAUGUUAGCGUUAGCCUUAUGUCAUUCUGUUGUUACAGAAGAAGACCCCAAGAAUCCACAAAAAGUUGCAUUAAAGGCCCAAUCCCCUGAUGAAGAAGCCCUUGUUGGUACUGCUCGUGCUAUUGGGUUUGGAUUCAAUGGUUCAACGAAAAGAGGACUUCUUGUUAACAUUCAAGGUGAAACCAAGGAGUAUCAAGUGUUAAACACAUUAGAAUUCAAUUCCACUAGAAAGAGAAUGAGUGCUAUAAUCAAGAUUCCAGCUAGUCAACCUGAAGAUGAACCAACUGCAUUAUUAAUCUGUAAAGGUGCAGAUUCUAUCAUUUAUGAAAGGUUAUCUAAGAAGCACAACAAUCCGGAAUUGUUAGAAUCAACUGCUAAGCAUUUGGAAGAAUAUGCAGUAGAAGGUUUAAGAACUUUAUGCAUCGCUCAAAGAGAGCUCACUUGGAGUCAAUAUACUGAAUGGAACAAUAAGCACGUGGAAGCUGCAUCAUCUCUUGAUAAGAGAGAGGAAAGAAUGGAAGAAGUGGCUGACUCUAUAGAGAGAGAAUUGAUCUUACUUGGGGGUACUGCCAUUGAAGAUAGACUUCAAGAUGGUGUCCCAGAUGCAAUUGCUCUUUUGGGUGAAGCUGGUAUCAAGCUUUGGGUUCUUACGGGUGAUAAAGUUGAAACUGCUAUUAACAUUGGUUUCUCUUGUAACUUACUUGGUAACGAUAUGGAACUUUUAAUUUUGAAAACUACAUUAGAACAAAGUGAAAGGGAUAAGUAUGGAGUCAGUGAUAAAAUGACUGAUGCAGAGAUUGUCGAUAUGCUCAUCUCCAAAUACCUCUCGUUGUAUUUCCACAUGGAUGGAUCUUUUGAAGAAUUGGAAGAAGCUAAAGAAGAUCAUUCCCCUCCUAAUCCAGGAUUCGGGGUGGUUAUCGAUGGUGAUGCGUUAAAGGUUGCAUUGUUAGACCCUGAAACAAGAAGAAAGUUUUUGUUAUUGUGUAAACAAUGUAAGGCUGUUUUGUGUUGCCGUGUUUCCCCUGCUCAGAAGGCUGCAGUUGUCAAGUUGGUUAAAGAUACUCUUGAUGUUAUGACAUUAGCAAUUGGUGACGGAUCCAACGAUGUCGCCAUGAUCCAGGCAGCAGAUGUGGGUGUAGGUAUUGCUGGUGAAGAAGGUCGUCAAGCGGUGAUGUCUUCAGAUUAUGCUAUUGGUCAAUUCAGGUUCUUGGCGAAGCUUUUACUUGCUCAUGGUAGAUGGUCUUAUAAGAGAUUUAGUGAAAUGAUUCCAAGUUUCUUUUAUAAGAAUGUGAUUUUCAACAUUGCAUUGUUUUGGUAUGGUGUCUACAAUAAUUUUGAUGGAUCAUACUUAUUUGAAUUCACCUUCUUAAUGUUCUACAGUUUGGCUUUCUCCUCAUUACCUGUCAUCUUCUUAGGUGUUAUGGAUCAAGAUGUUAGUGGCUCUGUUUCCUUACUCGUUCCUCAAUUAUAUCGUACUGGUAUCAUUCGUAGUGAAUGGACCCAAUCGAAGUUUUGGAUUUAUAUGGUUGACGGGAUUUAUCAAUCAGCAAUUUCAUUUUUCUUCCCUUACCUUUUAUAUCACAAGGGGUUCUGUGGUAUGAAUGGGUUACCAAUUGAUCAUAGAUUCUGGAUGGGUGUUAUGGUAACAGCCAUUGCUUGUAUCUCGUGUAACUUCUACAUUUUGUUCCAUCAGUAUAGAUGGGAUUGGCUUUCAACAUUUAUUGUUUUAUUGUCGAUUUUCUUGAUUUAUUUCUGGACUUUGGUAUGGUCGUCAGUGGUAACUAGUGCAUUGGAAUUUUAUGAUGCUGGUGUACAAAUUAUGCAAAGUGCCAACUUUUGGGCAAUUACAUCAAUUGGUGUAUUGAUUUGUUUGGCUCCAAGAUUUUGUUAUGAUAUCUGUCAAAAGAUAUUUUGGCCUAAGGAUAUUGACAUUAUUCGUGAAUGUGUAAAUAGGGGUGACUUUGAUGCAUAUCCAAUUGAUUAUGAUCCAACUGAUCCUAAUAGAGUGAAGAUCUCCAAAUAUUCUGCUGAUGCUGUCGAUAGUAUGAGAAAACCUCAACAACAUGCUUCAUUUAAGAAAGAUAUGACCCCUAGUACAGAUAGUGACCUUGAACGUCAAUCUUCUCAAUAUGGCUUGAGUUCUGCAGUUGUGGAACCUAAACCACAAAGAGUUACACAUCCACUAGGCGGAGGUGGUAGUCCAGAUGUCAAUGGUAUUCCUAAGGAUGUACCUUCUGAAUCAAUUGUGCAUCGUAAGCCUGCAAAUAAUGAACUGCAAUCAUCCACAUCACCUAAGAAGAGAAAAUCUAUAUUUGAUAGAUUAAAGAGAGAAUCAAACGUUCGUUCCUUCUACGAUAACGGAUCUUUAAUUGAUACAUAUAAUUUUUCAAAUGGAACUCAAGAUGAUUUAUCAAAGGUUCAAACUGAAGAAAUUCCAAUGGAAGAUUUUAAAUUUGAAGAAAAUCAAAGAAAUAUGUCGAGAAUUUCUGGAGAAAACGAUAGAAGACGAUCACACGAUACUAGAUAUGCUGAGAGACGUAUGAGAACAUCAUUGGACUUGCCAGAGCUUUCGACUACUAAUUCAUUAGUAUCAAGAGUUUCUGGUGAGUACACUCGAUAGAUUGGUGCAUGAAAACCUGCAUUUACUGUACAUUAAGAUAUAUUCGAU